CGGAGGGUUUUCAAUUCAAAAAUCCUGUCAAACAAUUUUGAUUUUUUUUACUUCCUUCAUUUCACUCCUUAUCACUUAAUACAUUUCUUUCGAAACAUACCCGUGCUGAAUUACAAAACGUUUUUCUAACGAAAAAGAAAGGCGUUUUUUAAUACAUAGAGACGAAAGAAGACAGAGAGGGAGAGAGGAAAAGAAAGAGUGUGUGUGUGUGUGUGUGUGUGCGAGGGAAACAGAUCAUUCACCUCAAUGCUACAAGCAGAAUCAACCCCGCAAACUUGGCAACAAUGUUCUGGCGUUAACUUCGAUCCGUUACUUUACUCCAAAACCAACCAUUUGUUGAGCGAAAUGAGAAACGAUAAUAUUGCUGCUGCUGCUGCUGCUGCUGCUACUACUACUACUACUACUGCCAUUGGAGAGACACACCAUCACCAGCAUGUCAAUAUUGAUUGCGACAUUUACAAACAAGAAAUCGACGAUUUUUUCGACUAUAAUGAUUUAUUGGCGACAUUAAGGGAAUAUUAUCACGCGUAUCAGCAGCAGUACCUCCGAACGCAGAAUCAAAGGAAAUUUGAACCGAUAUGCGUAUCAAAGUUGAAAGACGACCUUGAAAGAAGCAAAAGUGAUGAUCGAUUGAAAAUUGCGCAAAGCAUCGCGUAUAUCACUCUCGGUUGCUUUUGCGAGGGUGAUGUCUUGAAGAGCGAAAGGAAAAUGAUAGAAGCAAUGGUUGCAAAUAUCGAGGUGAUUUGCAGUUCGGGACUGGUCCGUGUUCUUUUUCGGCUGCUCUUCGAUGAAGCUCAGAACAUACCGACAAGCGAGAACACGUGCAUAAGCAGUAAUCAUGAAAAGUUGAUCGACACGUAUCUCACAAUUCUGUACAUGUCGGUGAUCACAAAUGCUCAUCGAGGCAAGGCGUUGAAGUCGUUGGCCACAGACAUUGGCGAUGAUGCGCCUGCACUGUUACUUAAGAUUGUUAAUACAAACAAAACAGCUGAUGCAGCUUUCCCAAACAAAAAAUUGUAUCUUUUACUGCACAGAAUCUUUAUUAUAUAUUUUGGCAAUAUCGAUGAGGCCAAGGCUGUCAAAGAUCAAGUUCGAUUGCUUUAUGGCUUGCCGGCUGAUGACAAGGACAAACUACUGAAAACCGGACCGAAAGACCUGUAUAAUUUCCAGUGCGACAUCAAGAACAAAUAUACAUCUUAUCGACUAUUCAACAAUAUAACACAUCCAAUUGUCGGUGCUGCUGUCGCUGUUGGUAGUCUGGAUCAAGUCACUGGCAAUUCAAAUAGUACUGACGAUGAUACUACUACGUCCCGACGCAUACCUUAUCAAGAGAAAUUUCCACCAAAAUUAUCUCACUUACCGACACCAAAAGCAACUACACCACCACCUCCAUCAUCAUCUUCAUCAAAGGACGACACUCCCUCAACAAUCGAAUAUAAACGACAGAUUGAGAAACAACAGUCAAGUACACCUUUUGCUUUAGGAACACCGAAAGCAAUUGAAGAAGCUGGACAGCUUUAUGUUUCGUGCAUGCACCUGUCCGUAAGCCAGUUUCAAAUCAUCCAAGAACGCAAGAAGCUUCUCGAGCUGGACAAGAAUACGGACAGAUGUGAUCAUUAUCAUAUAGAACAACAACAACAAUCAAAGUCAGGUGUUAUAGAUAGUAAUAUGACGCAAAACAACAUACUUCAAAAGGUGGAUCGGUUUUAUACUAUCGUGGUGAAGGACUUACCUGUAGUGGUUACUAGUUUGCUUCAACAACUAGUCACCACAGCUCCCACACCUCCGUCUCCCAAGAUUCAACCCUUUGGUUGGGAUGAUGCUUCCAAUGAUCUCGAGCACGCCGACAUCGUCCGUAACCGCGAAAUUGUUCGAACUACUAUCUCAUCUAUUUUGUUACUACUGCUCAAGUGGCUCAAGGCAUCUCACGUGAUGAAGUUCGAAUAUUUGAGCCAGUUGUUGGCAGACUCGGGCUACUUGAUGUUAGGCAUACGAUCGCUUAUGAUUGAAGAUCUCAUAGUAGCAUACCAAACAAAGUCUGAUGUUGAUAGCUAUGCAUUCUUUGCACAGCGUCCGUUUUUAAAUUUCAGUCGACAUGGUGAGAUCUCAUCCUCUGGGUGCUCAUCUUCGUCCUCGUUUUCAACAUCAUAUGCAUGGGAUCCACCGGCGCCCGAGAGCCCAAGCAUCAAAAGUGCGGAUAUGCCUUCUAACCAAAGGAACAAGGCAUGGAUCCUGAAUACAUUGCGAAUUUUGCAAAUGAUGACCAAAGACAAACCACUACGAAAUCGAACGUUAGCGCAGUACAAAGCUUAUAUGCCAUUGAAACGAGUUACCAAGCACAACAAGGACUCGAUCGAAGAGCUCUAUGCUCUCAAGCUGUUGAAAAGCGAGGUCCAGUACCUUGGUCCCAAAUGGCGAUCAGAUAAUAUGAAAACAGUGUCUUCCAUUUCACGGCGUUGCCCAAUGGGUCUUCGGGAUGAUUGGCUAUCUUUGAGCGACGACGAAGAGAACGAGCAAGUGUAUGAAAAGAAAUCAGAAACGAAUAUGCGAUUGCUUGUCAAACUAUAUCACGAACGGCAUUAUGAUAUCGAUACAUUGGAUGCAAUCAGUCGUGAUUAUGAUGGUGGCAAGACAAACUGUGGCAACAACAAUUACAUAAACGGCAAGGAUGACGGUGACGGCGACGACUGUGAGGACGACGACGACGACGACGAUAGAACGUACCGCGGUUUUAGCGAUUCUAAUGAAUUGUCAUCUUCAACGACACCAACAGAACAGCUGGCAAGACAAAUUGUGCAUCUCUUUAAACAACCGCUCAAACGCCGUUUGAACAUUAAACAAACCCAAGUUGUUGUGGAGACCGACGGAUGGGAUGCACCAUCGCCACUCAGAAACACUGCUGGAGAUUUGCUUUCACAAAAAGGUGAAUUGGAUUGCGAUGACGACGACGACAUUGAUACUGAUGACGACGAAGACGAAUUCACAAACAAGGAGAAAGACGAUCCGCUCAAGGAUAUCGAUUGGAAUAGUUUGACAGACGAAGAGUUGAAUGCACGAAUGAACAUGGUAGAGGAGCAAACGGAGCAGAGAUGGCUUAGUGUAGACCUUGAUGAUCCAGCCCACUGCAAAGUACUCAAUAUGCUUGAAAUAAUCGAUGGUGAUGAAAACGAAACGGACACUCCUGCGGCUGAAGAUGAAGGGAUCGACGAUCCUUGGUUGUAAACUCACUGUAUGACAUAAUUAGCCACUUAUUUCUGUCCACUCUUUCUCCACGCCCUUCACGUACUCACGCACACAGAACACCUCCUUGUUGCACCUUUUAAAAGAUCUAUCAAACUUCCAACGCUUUCCCACUCUUAUUUUAACACGCAUUUGUACAUAUACCGCCUUUUCUUCUUUACCCCUUAUUCAACAUAUUUUACGCUAGGAUUGUAUAGAUAGUAAGUUACUUCAAAGGAAUUAAAAAAUAAGUAUUAUCCGGUAAAUGACAUGUCAGUGGAUACGUGUUCAUGGUUUCGAUCAGAGGUAAGAAAGUUUUUA